AACAAAAUUACUUGCUUAGCUUCGCCCCGCGACGUUUGCCGAUCAUCGGCCGUCUCCACGAUCUUCAGAUCCGCCGCCGACUCCGACGGUGUCUGGAAUCAUUUCUUACCUUCCGAAUUCCCCGACGGCUUUGCGGCACCUGAGGCUGAGGGUCUUCUUCCCAAUAGGAAAGGCCUCUUCUUCUCCCUCGUCCACAAUCCUCUUCUUCUCCCCGACGCCCUUUUGAGCUUUUGGCUGGAGAGAAGGAGUGGUAACAAGUGCUACAUGAUAGCAGCUAGGGCCUUGAAUAUAACUUGGGGACAUGAUCAGAAAUACUGGGAGUGGAUCUCCCUUCCAGAUACCAGGUUCACACAAGUGGCUGCAGAGCUUAUUAUGGUAUGGUGGCUUGACAUCACUGGAAAACUCAACAUAAACCUUCUCUCUGAUGACACACACUACGCCGCUUACCUUGUCUUUAAGUGGAACCAUUCUCCCUACGGUUUUCGUCAGCCCGUCGAGGCCUCCCUUGCCUUGGCUGGCACAGAGCCUCCUCAGCCUUCCAUGGUUAGUCUCAUGCAGAAUCGGGCAACCGAACAAGGUCACUGUUCUGAGCUGAGAACUGAUGGUUGGUACGAGGUCAAACAGGGACACUUCUUCAAAAGGAGAGGAGAUUUGGGCGAAAUUGAGAUGAACCUCAAGGAGACAAAAGGGGCUUCUGUGAAGAAAGGCCUUAUUGUUCAUGGAAUCAAGAUUAGGCCACUGCCCUAA